UCUUGCACCGCCCGACAGAUUGACCUGAAUCGCGAACCCUGUGGCCAACCAACAUUUUCCUACACCGCAAAACCCCGAACCCUUUCCCUCGUUAUAACCAACCCUCCCUGGAGCUCUUCUUGUGCGGAUCCUAAACAGCCUCAUAUUAUUGUUUCCAUCAACUGAACCGGAUAAAACCGCUCGAUUGAUACUCGGUGUGGCAAAGACCCUGCACCACGUCACCUCCGUCGGCGGCGCAAUUAGAUCUGCCAAGGUCCCGCGCUCCAGCCACCCUCACUCGUAACGACAUCAUCGCCGCCGAGUCCUAUCACUACCCCUCCGAAUAAGCGCCAUCGCUGCUACUAGAUUGGGCCUGCUAGCCUGCGGACGAGUGCGAGAAUACCGAGUUCCUCCUCCUAUACCAUCUCACUGGUUGCACGACCACACCCGCCGCAACCAUGUCGAAGGUAAUGCGAAGCGUGAAGAAUGUCACCAAGGGCUACUCAUCAGUGCAGGUGAAGGUUCGCAAUGCUACGAGCAACGAUCCAUGGGGCCCGACAGGGACGGAGAUGCAGGAAAUCUCCCAGAUGACAUACAACUCAUCAACCGAGUUCUACGAGAUCAUGUACAUGAUAGAUAAGCGUCUCAACGACAAAGGGAAGAACUGGCGCCACGUCCUCAAGGCCUUGAAGGUCCUGGAUUACUGUCUGCACGAGGGAUCCGAGAUGGUUGUAACAUGGGCACGCAAAAACGUCUUCAUCAUCAAGACCCUCCGCGAGUUCCAGCACAUCGACGACGACGGCCGCGACGUCGGGCAAAAUGUCCGUGUAUCCGCAAAAGAGCUCACCUCCCUCAUCCUCGACGAAGAGCGUCUCCGCGCCGAGCGCAGCGAUCGCAAAUCCUGGAAGUCCCGCGUAACCGGCAUCGAAGAGUAUGGGUCCUCCGAGACCUCCCCGCCCCCCCGCCACGAGCGCCCCCACCGCGCCCAGCGCGCCGACGAAGAAGACGCCGAGUACAAGCUCGCGAUCGAAGCAUCAAAGCACCAAGAGGAAGAGGACCGCAAGAAGCGUCAAAGCCGGCAGGGCGAGCCUGACGACGACGACCUCGCCAAGGCCAUCAAGCUGAGCAAGGAGGAAGAGGACCUACGACUCAAGGAACUCGAGGACGCCAACGCGCAGAGCCUAUUCGACGAUGACCCCGUGCAGAUGCAGGGUAACCAACCCCAAUUCACCGGCUAUAACCAAGGCUACCAGCAGCAAGGCGCCGUCGACUGGUCCGGAAACCCCAUCGACAUGUCCCAGGGCCAACAGCCCAACUACCUCAACGCCUACGCGACUGGCUACCCCCAAGCCGCCCCGCAGCAGACGGGCUACCAAACCGGCUACCAAAACGGCUUCCCCAGCUUCGAGCAAUACGUGCAGCAGCAGACCGCGCAGACCUCCCCCUUCCCAUCGUCCCAGAACUACAACCCCUACGCCCAGCAACCCCAGCAACAGCAGCAGCAAGCUGAACCCAUCGUCCCGGCAAACACCAACAACCCCUGGGCCACAAGCGCCCAAACCGCAGUCCAAGCCCAAGCCCCCGCGCCCACAGGCUCAAACAACCCCUUCGCGACCUCCCGCCCGGCACCAGCGCAGACAUCCUCCCAACCAACCCUCUCCACUUUACAGGAGCAAAAAACCCUAUCUUCUUUCAACAACCAGUCGCAAUUCUCCCAACCCUCCUCCUUCACCCCACCCCCCCAGCAACAACAACAGCACCUCCAACCCCAACUCCAGCAGCCCCAAAAAUCCCAAUCCCCCUACGAAGCCCGCCUCGCCUCCCUCCUCGAAAGCGGCGACGGCAUGGACACCUUCGGCAACACGGGCAACCUCCGCAUCCCCGCGCAGCACACCGCACCCGGCACAUUCGUCAAUUCCGCCGGUGCGGGCCUGCCGGGUUUGAAUGCACAGCAGACGGGGGUGAAUCCGUUUAUCCAGGGUCAGUUUACGGGGAUGCCGCAGGCGCAGUAUGGUGGGCAGCAGGGGUAUGGGGGAGGGGGACAGCAGGGAAUGCAGCAUGCGCAGACGGGGGCGGGGAAUCCGUUUGGGAGGCAGCAGGGGGCGGGAGGGGGGAAUUUGAUUGAUUUUUAG